AACUACUGGUGCAUUUUUUAAGGAGUGUUUUGGACCAAAUGGAGAGUUAUUGACUGAGAUGACAGCGGGGGACCUGUUGUAAAACACAGGUUUCCUUGUAAGCUGCCAGCAGUCAGAUGAGAUGUGAAGCUGAGGUCCUGACCGCUUGCCAUCACUUCAGAUCCUGUGGACUUGUCAGGAGAGCUGGAGGGUUUCGUUGUAGGGUCAAUGUCAGAGGAAGAAGUUGCUGCCUGCGCAACAAACCCGUUUCUAUGCACCCAAAGUAUCCAGUGACCACGUCUGGGAGCCACGGGCACCAUUGAUUAUUGGUGAUGUAACUGAGUGCUUGUGGUUGGCCUAUAAAGGGCUGAGAGAUUGAGCAGGAGCACACAGGAGAGACCAGAAAUCCCUGACUGCCAAGGAGAGACUGCUGCACUCUCUAGGCUUUCUCAAGCUCCAUGAUGGUUUCGAGGAAGGUGGUGGCUUCUCUGCUGGUGGUGUACGUGGUGGCCAUGCUGGCUGAACAGACUGAAGGCUACCUAGCCUUCUUCACUCGCAGCGACAUCGAGAGGAUGCAGGAGAAACAGAGGAACAAAGCGCAGAAGAAAUCCCUGAUGUUGCAGAAGCGAUCGGAAGGCGGAGACGUUACUGAGCUCUCUGACGUGGAGCGUGUGGACGAGGGCGAGAUCAUCAAGCUGACUGCUCCUGGAGAAACUGGAAUGCAGCUCGACGCUAGGCAGCUGGAAAAAUACCAACACGUCCUGGAGGAACUGCUAACUGAGAUGCUACUGGACGCUCGAAAUGAUAACUGAUAUCCUCAGACCCAGAAGAGCAGGGUGAUGCUGCCUUUUGGACUACAGGUCUACGCUUCUGCAAGACUAACUCAGUGAAGUGCUGCAAAAGAAAAAACUCUGAUGCGAGCUAAUAAAAUGUGCAGAU